AUGAACCAACUUUGUCAAGACACAGAGACAUGGGUCAAACGCCAUUUCCCUGAAGUCUUGCCCAGAGGCAGACCGGAUGACUUCAAUACUUAUGAUCCCUCAGCUCGUUCAAAUGGCGAUUUUAGACUGUUCUGUGCUAUUUACGACUACAUUGCAUGCAGUAUCUUUAAGAAGUACCUGACUCGAACUAUGGUCGGCUACAUUGAUCCUCGUGCCAACGAGGAUCUGUCUAUCAUCGAAAAACAGAUACACUUAAUAUGCCCUGCACAUGUUACUCAGCACUGGCGCUCUGCAAUGAGCACGGCAACUUUCUCGAUGAGUCGUGAAGAUCUGAUCAGUGACUGCGGGGCACAUGUUGCAUCAAUGAAUGAUACGUUGUAUAGGCCCCCAUCAGCUGAUGCCAAGAGACAAAAUGAGCAACUAGAAAAUCUAGUCUGGAAAUUCGUGAAUUUCAAAAGCAAGUUGGAUGCCCAGGCAGAUCGCUAUCUCUUUCUUUGGGCUUGGCCUCAUACACCCUUCUGCGAACAAACGAUGACCAGUUUCAUGGGAGAGUCUGAUGUGGAUGCGGUUGUUCUGUAUUGCUUUGCCCCCGCUUUUUUCAAGGUCAUGUCGGACAACGAGAAGGUUUUGGUGCGGAAGGCAGUCGUUGUAACUGGCGUCAGGGGGACAGAUGACGAGUGA